UCCCGGAGGGCUUCGUCUUCGGCACGGCGGCGUCGGCUUACCAAGUCGAAGGCAUGGCGCUCAAGGACGGCCGCGGGCCGAGCAUUUGGGAUGCCUUCGUCCGGAUUCCUGGGGAGAUAAAGAACAAUGCUACUGCUGCAGUUACUGUGGACGAGUACCACCGAUACAAAGAAGAUGUAAAUAUAAUGAAAAAUCUGAACUUCGACGCCUAUCGGUUCUCAAUUUCAUGGUCUCGGAUCUUUCCAAACGGAUCUGGAAAGGUUAACUGGAGGGGCGUGGCUUACUACAACAGAUUAAUAGACUAUAUGGUACAGCAAGGCAUCGCUCCGUACGCAAAUCUUUAUCACUACGACCUACCAGAAGCUCUGGAGAAGAGCUACAAUGGCUGGUUGAGCAGAAAUGUUGUAAAGGACUACGCAGAUUAUGCAGAAUUUUGUUUUAAAACUUUUGGAGACCGGGUGAAGAACUGGUUUACAUUUAAUGAACCGAGGGUUGUUGCAGCGCUCGGAUAUGAUAAUGGCAUUUUUGCUCCUGGAAGGUGCACAGGCUGCACUGCUGGUGGCAACUCUACUACAGAACCUUACAUCGUUGCCCACAACCUCAUCUUAUCUCAUGCUACUGCAGUGAAAAGAUAUCGUGAUAACUAUCAGGCUAGUCAGAAAGGUAGGAUAGGUAUUCUGCUAGAUUUUGUUUGGUAUGAACCUCUUACAAAUUCAACAGCAGAUGAGGCCGCAGCUCAAAGGGCGAGGGACUUUCACAUUGGAUGGUUCCUUCACCCAAUAACAUAUGGCGAGUAUCCGAAAUCAUUGCAAGAUAUUGUUAAGGAAAGGCUUCCAACUUUCACCGCAGAAGAGAUUAAUAUAGUGAAAGGUUGUGUAGAUUACGUAGGAGUUAACCAGUACACGUCCUACUACAUGUUCGAUCCACAUCUUCCAAUCCAAACACCAACUGGCUAUCAAGCAGACUGGAAUGUUGGAUUUGCUUAUGAACGCAAUGGUGUGCCUAUAGGACCAAAGGCAAACUCAGACUGGCUGUAUAUUGUCCCAUGGGGAAUGUACAAAGCUGUAACAUAUGUGAAGGAGACUUAUCAAAACCCAAUAAUUAUUUUGUCUGAAAAUGGAAUGGAUGAUCCUGGCAAUGUGAGCCUUCCAACGGGAGUACAUGAUACGACAAGACUGAAUUACUACAAGAGCUACAUAAGCGAGUUGAAGAGGGCAAUGGAUGAUGGAGCCACUGUGAUAGGCUAUUUUGCUUGGUCUUUGCUGGAUAAUUUUGAGUGGAAAUUGGGUUACACUGCCAGAUUUGGAAUUGUGUAUGUGGACUUUAAAACCCUAAAGCGUUAUCCGAAGAUGUCGGCUUACUGGUUCAGAGAUGUGCUCCAGAGGAAGAAAUAAAUCUGUCUCACCUGCUUCUUUCUAUAAGUUUUUAUGUUUUUGCCUUUGUGGAAUUGAGUGCAUUGUCUUCUUUUAAAGUUAUCGUGCAUUAGGGUUUGUGCUGACGAGAAUCUUGUUUGGUUUUAAGACUGCAUGUUGCAUGUUGCUACCUUGUGGUUGUAGAAGGUAAUUCUGUAUUAUGAUGUUUGCAAAAAAAAUAUUAAUAAUAAAUAAAAUGGCAUUGUGGGAUUGA